CCGGAGCGUAAAUGUUGACGGUCGAUCAACAACAAAGAUGGCUGCCAACAGACGCUAACUUCAAUUUGACAAGUGAAGGGUAAAUCAUGUAACGGUACGAUCCCAAAUCUGUUUGAAACGGUAUUGACAAAAGCAGAUUUCCUUCGAAUAGAAAUAAACAACCCUGCAGGUAUCUGAAGACACUAGGCUAACCCGUGAUCACCUACCCCAGGAGGUUAGACUGAAGGAGCGUGCCUGACCUCUGACCCCUGACCUCCAGUCCCAUCAUGGUGCUGAAGAUUUUCUUCCCUCAGUGCUGUAACAAGGCAGACAGUGGGCUGCUUGUGGGGCGAUGGAUCCCAGGACAGAACUCGGCCGUGGUGCUAGCUGUUAUCCACUACCCCUUCAUCCCUGGACAGGUCAAGCAGUACAUCCACCAGAUGCGUGGUCAGAGUGGGGUGGAUCUGACUGUGCUGGGCUCGUGGAGCAUGCCCAAGGAGGGCCUGGUCCAGAUGGCAUACAGGGACAGUGGCUCCAGCUCAGUGGAGAUGGGCAAGAUAGGCUUCUGGUGUAACCUUCCGUCCCUGGUCAGAUGGGACCAGAGUAGAUGGCUUAAUUCACUCUGCUCUUUUUAUUUCAUAGAGACACAUAUGUCUGUAUAUUUAAUCAAAAGGCGGAUAUUUCUGUUGUUAUCAUCAUGCAGUGCAUCUGUAAUAAAAUGUCCCUCUGCCCCUGCCGUAGAUGGGAAGCUGAUACAACAGGAAAAGGAGCUGAAAGAGGAUGGUGGUGGAGAGAAAGGAGAGGGGAAGAAAGGAGGGAAGGGAGGAGCAACAAAGAGAGGAGGAGGAGAGAAUAAAGUAGAGGGAGAGGAAGGAGCAGGAGAGAAGGACAAGGUGAUCUUUAUCCACUAUGAACAGAGGAAGGUCAUGCUGUCUCAGCUGCACCCCAUAGAGAACGGGGUUCCUGACCCUCAGACUGAGUCACAACUACCACAGGUGUUUGGGACAGUGAGUCAGAGUGAGCCGCUGUUCUUCCUGGAUAAGUAUGAUGACGGCCCAGUGAAGAUGACCCACUGGCAAUCAGAGGGACGGGAGGGAUCCAUUAUAGUAGAACUGAUGAAACAGGCCUCGACACCGCUCUGUCUGCUAACCACCUGGAUGCUAACACUGUGGACCAGCCUCUGUAGUAGCAGGAUAUUGAAUGUGUACCCGGUGAGGUUCAUCUCCAGUAAGUUGUCUACGUGUGUUCAGCUGAGCUACAGAACAGAACACCUUCAGACAGUCUGCUCUCCUACCAGAGCCACCGCACACAACCACUUCAUGAGGAAAGCCAAUAUCUUUGUGUCGUUCUUUGUGGAUGUGUCUCUGGGCCUGCUGUUGGUGUCGUGGAUGUAUAGAGAGAACCGUAUAGGCAAACUGGCCAACACACUGGUACCGGCUGCUGACCAUGUAGCUAAAGAACUGGAGGAGCUGUUGCAGUGGCUGAUGGGAGCUCCAGCUGGUCUGAAGAUGAACCGGGCUCUAGACCAGGUGUUAGGACGAUUCUUCCUCUACCAUAUACACCUGUGGAUCAGCUACAUUCACCUGAUGUCUCCGUUCGUUGAGAUGAUUCUGUGGUACGUGGGUCUGUCUGCCUGCCUGGGCUUGACCUUUGCCCUCUCCCUGCUCUCUGACAUCACCGCCCUGCUCACCUUCCACAUCUACUGUUUCUACGUCUAUGGAGCCAGGCUGUAUUGUAUGACAGUAUAUGGUCUGUCCUCUCUGUGGAGGCUGUUCAGGGGGAAGAAAUGGAAUGUCCUCAGACAGAGAGUAGACUCCUGCUCUUAUGACCUGGACCAGUUGUUCAUCGGGACGUUACUCUUCACCAUCCUGCUGUUCCUCCUGCCAACCACAGCUCUAUACUACCUAGUGUUUACCCUGCUCCGCCUUGUGGUAGUAAUGUUCCAGGGAGUUCUCCACCUCAGUGUUGACUUCAUCAACUCCUUCCCUCUGUUCGCCAUGGGCCUCCGACUCUUCAGAUCCUACAGACUGGCAGAGGGGGUGAAGUUCACAGUGCUCUGUGAGGAACCAGGAACACCUCUACACCUCAUGAUGGAUAUUAACCCUCUGAAGGUGAGCAGUGUGGUUCAGACCUACAGGACCCCCACCUACAGCUGCUACCCUAAAGACUCCUGGCUGGCCCUCUGCAAGAAGCUGUUUCUGGGAGAACUAAUCUACCCCUGGAGACACAAGACUACCAAGAUAGACUAGGACCAGGGGAGGGGGGGGGGCUGUUUCUGGGAG